AUGCCGCCACCACAAAUAUGCCGCCUCGCUCGAAAUGAUGAUAACCUGAGAGUUGAGCUUCGUCGUGUGAGUGAGGCAGCCGGAGGCCCAACCUUUCCUCUUACCCCAUCUCUCCCCAAACCCCUAAUCCCCAAAAUAUCGAUAAUGCACUUGCAACUUCUCUGGUUUUACGGGAUGUUCAUGGGUGGGAUGGUAUUUAGUCAUAUAGCUAGAGAUAGAGAUAGAGACAGCGAGAGAUUUAUACUAACCAUAUACAUGACACAAGUAGCAAGAUCAAAAUCGAGGUCGAAGAAGUACAAAUCGUCAUCUUCAGACGAGGACAGUAUAGAGAAUCUUUUGUACUAUAAGGAUUGCCAGCGGCAGGGCAAGACGGAGGCUACACCGAAACCAAUGCCACUGCGGUACGAGGCUCCGCCACCCACACCACCACCGCCUCCCAGGCAGCCAGACUGUCCAUUCCCGAAGAUGUGCUGCGCUAUGACCUGCGCCAACGAAUGCAGCGUUGGUGGGCCCAACCCAACACCAGCUUUCGUGAACAGACAAAUGGAACCCUUCAACAACAUCCAACCCAUCCAACCUUUACAACCGAUUCCUCAACAACCUCAUCAGCCAGGAAUGGGUAUUCAACAGCAAAUGAUACAACGAAGAAAGAAGAAGGUCAAGUUCCAGCCAAACAAAAUACAAAUGCCACAGCAGACAAGAAGAGACCUUUCAGGCUUCACUAAAGAGAAGAUAAAAGGCUUGAUCGCCCAGGACAAUGAUAUCAGGAAGAUUUUAAAGGAUUUGGUCAGGGUCACUAUGCAGAAGGUGGACCUGUUAGACAUGUUAAACUCGAAUAAAAGAGACGAUGAAGAGGUCACAGAAAUUACAUCACCAACUUCUUUGUUUGAUUUAGAGGAAUACGACGAAUGA